ACCGUAAAUACAUACAUAUACAUACACAUAUUUAAUUGUGGGUGUAGUAUAUAAAUUCAUGCGUCUCAUCAAGGGCCUUCAGUUGCUUCUAGAUUACCAUGUUUUGAUACUGUCCUUACUCAAGAACCCCCAGUACGAAGAGUCAUUUCAAAUUGACCACAAAAUUCAAAUAAAAAAAGUGCAUCAAUAAAUAAAUAAACGAUUUGUGUGCUGGUGAUUUCCCAAUCACGAAAAUGAAGUUUUCAUUCAUUUAUUUAACACUCAGUCUUAUAAUUUCUUCCGGAGUGAGUGCUAAAUUUACAGACGGGCAGUAUGAAUCAGCGCCGCACAUAAUCGUCUUCAUGGUGGAUGAUUUGGGAUGGAAUGACGUGAGUUUCCAUGGAUCGAGUCAAAUUUUCACACCAAAUAUCGACGCGCUGGCUUACAAUGGAAUAAUAUUAAAUAGACACUACACAUUACCAUCAUGUACGCCUACGAGGGCCGCAUUUUUGUCGGGAAAAUAUCCAGUACGCAUGGGAAUGCAAGGUGAGGGAAUAAUGGGCGGUGAACCACGUGGAUUACCACUUAACGUAAGAAUACUACCAGAGCAUCUUCGAGAUCUUGGAUACUCGCCGAAACUUAUCGGCAAGUGGCACCUGGGUUUCCACACAAAGCAACACACCCCUUUGCACCGUGGGUUCGAUCACUUCUUAGGGUUCUACAACAGCCAUAUUGCUUACUACGACUACAAAUAUUCACAAGGAAAUAUGAGUGGAUUCGAUCUGCACCGUGGCGACAAUCCCGCUUACGAUAUUCAUGACCAAUAUGCCACCGAUUUAUUUACCGAAGAAGCUGUCCGUGUAAUUGAGCACCAUGAUCCUAUAAAUCCACUGUAUCUUCAGCUGAGUCACCUUGGAGUACAUGCGCCAUUGGAAGUUCCGAUAGACAGCGCGUAUUUGGAAGACUUUGCGCACAUUCGCGAGCCGAAUCGCCGCAACUAUGCUUUGAUGGUUUCACGGUUAGAUGAGUCAUUAGGUCGCGUAGUAGCAGCUCUGGGUGACAAAAAUAUGAUAAAAAAUAGUAUAAUAAUAUUUAUGACUGACAACGGAGCACCGACUAUCGGAAAGUAUCGCAAUUCAGGUUCCAAUUGGCCACUGAGAGGUACCAAGUAUACGUUGUACGAGGGUGGAGUGAGAGGUGUAGCAGCAGUUUGGUCUCCUCGAUUGCACGCAAUGGCUCGUGUGUCCAACAAUCUGAUGCACGUCACCGACUGGCUACCGACUUUAUACUCAGCAGCUGGUGGAAACGUCGCUGAUUUGGGUGAAAUCGAUGGCGUUGACCACUGGCCGCAUUUGAGUCAGGGUAAAGAUAUUCCUCGGGAGUCGCUUUUGCUGAACAUCGACGAGGUUUCGAAAACCGAAGGAGCAAUCAAACGGCGGUUUAAAUUAGUCAGGGGUGCUUACAAACGCGGUUACUAUGAUCAGUACUACGGCGAGUCGGGAAGAAAUCAUGACACGCAGUCUUAUAAUUAUACUUUGGUACACAGCAGCGUUGUUUCUUCGGCUAUCAGCGCUCAUUUGGGAGAUCCAAUGACCCAACCGAGCGCCAUGACUCAUCUACGGGAACAAGCGACUGUUUUAUGCAAACGAAAGAGUACUUUUUCUUACUGCAAUGAAACAGAGUGUCUAUUUGACAUUGUUAAUGAUCCUUGUGAGGCAACAAACAUUGCAAAACAAUAUCCAAAGAUUGUCUCAGAGCUGGACAUGAUCCUGGAAAAAUACGGCAGUUUAUUAGUGAAACAGCCCAGACUUCCAAUUGACGGAAUGGCCGAUCCUAGAAGACGAAACAACACCUGGGGUCCGUGGCUGGACUAUGGAAUGAUAACCGGUCUCUACGGUUACAAUUAUAAUGCAGCAGCCGCAGUCAGUACCUUAGCAGUGUGUGUUCAUAUUGGCAUGGCUUUACUUAUUGUCAGUAUGAGUGCAUUCAUUUGACUCAAACUGUCUGUGGUCAUGAGUUUUUACAAUAAAAUAAAUUAAAAUAAAAAAACUCCUUCCGACAAAUAACUUUUUUUUAAAUAUUUAGGUAACAAGUACGUCAAUUAUUCACUAAUAAUCAAAAUAGAUGCAAGAGAGUAAUUAAAAUAUAGUUUUAUCUUAUCAUCGAUUAUUUUUAAUAACUUAAUCCGCUGAUAUUUUUUAUCAUAUUGAUUUUUUUUUGUACGUAAAUUUAUUUAUUUUUAAUUUUAUAUAUAUCUAUAUAUAUACUGUAAUAAUAAUUGGUGUACCGAUUAAGUCGAUUUCACUUUCAAGUUUAAAAUUUAAGACACAUAUAUAUUAAGAUAAUUGUAAAUAUAUAAAACCAGUUCUAUGUAACCCUGAGUUUUCAAUAUAGAAUCCUUGAUCAACGAAUGAUAUUUUAUUUAUUUUUA